UGCAACAAAAAUUCAGAGUAUGAUGUCUGCCUGGAUGUAGCAAUUAAAGAAAAACAUUCUCAUGUUGUCAAAUACCUUGUGAAUCAAUGGGGCAAAAAAGAAGAUUUAUUCAAAAAAUUGUAUGAAGUAACUCGUUCACGUAGCUAUUUUAAAGUGGACUUUUUGAUUACUGAUUGUAAAGUUGACCCAACAACUACAAAUAGCGAAGGAAGAACUCUAUUGCAUUACGCUGCAGAAGACAUUUUUAGUAUUGAAGGCUUAAGAGUUGUACAAUGUCUUCUUGCAGCUGGACUUGAUCCUCUGAAAACAGAUGAUAAAGGGAUACACCAAUGACCAUUGCUGGUAGGAGUAAAAAUAAGAAGGCAACUAAAAUUUUUUUUGAUGCAUUCGCUAAAACGAAAACAAUGUAUCCUGUUGAUUCAUACGUAAAUGUUUUCAUAGUAGGAAACAGUGGAGCUGGUAAGAGCACGCUCAGUAAGGUAAUUGAAAAGACUGGUGGUUCUAUGCCCAAUGUAGCAAGAUACGUUGAUAAAAAUGAAGUUAAACCACUUACUGCAGGUAUUGUUCCUAUAAAUAUUAAAAAGCACGGCCAACUUCAAAAUAUUGUUCUCCAUGACUUUGCUGGCCAAUCACAGUACUACUUAAGUCACACUGCUGUUAUUGAGAAUAUCCUACAAGGAGCAGCUGCCGUUAUCAUUAUUGUAGUUGAUGUGUCAAACAGUGACUAUUUGAUACACCUUAAGCAAUGGCUAGCAGUUGUGAGAGAACAAAUGCGAAAAGCAAUAGAUGAUUGCAAAUUAAUUGUAGUUGCAAGCCAUGUUGAUCUUCUAAAUUCUGAAGAUGAGAAAGGGAAAAUUAGAGGAAACAUUAAAAAGGAACUUCCUAAAAAUGAUGAUGUUAUUAUAUAUUUAGACUGCCGGAGGCUUAAUGGAAACAACUUAACUUCAUUUUUCAAGCAAUUAAAAAGUGCCUGUAGCUAUAUUCGCAAUAAUAACAAAAGAUCAUUGACAUUGUAUUGCCACAUGAUGUACAAAUUACUUCAAGAAAGUGAAAAAGAUAUUUUAGCUUUAAGUGACAUUGCUCACGAUGUAGCAACAAAAGAUGAUCAAUUUUUUCUACCCACUCAUGAUGGCAAACAGAUCCUUGGUAUAUUGUCAUCAUUGCAUUCAACGGGUUUAAUUUACUAUCUCAAUUGUGAAGAUGACGAUGAAGAAGUAUGGACACAUGAUGAUACAUAUAUUAAAGUUGCCACAAAUUGCAGGAUAUGGGUCAUUAAAAAUAAGCAAGUACUUUUGCAACAUGUAGAUGGCAUCCUUUUUUCACCAUUUGAAGAAAGCAAAAUUCCUAAUAAUGGCGUCAUUACUGUUUCCAAACUUGAAAAAGAGUUCCCAGAAUAUGAUUCUAUAAUGCUAAUUAGCUUCUUGGAAAGCAUGGGACUAUGUCAUAUGGUGUCUCCAUUUUUUUUGGUACAAACCAAUCUUGUGGAAAAAGGUCAAUAUAUUCGUCUAAAAGACAUACUUUGUCUUUUUUUUCCAUCAUCUGUUACCAUAGAAAAGCCAAUAAGAUUAAUACCUCAUGAAUUUACAUUUGGAUGGUACCUGCAAUGUACAAAUCUUCAUGAUUUAUUUCCACAGCGUUUCUUCAAUUCUCUAUUAUUGCACUUCACUAUGAAAUACCCUGUUGAAGAAGCUUGCAAAAUUGGAUAUGAUAAGUACCAGUGUUCAUUUUGGAAGAAUGGCUUAAAAUGGUCUGAUAGGAAUGGCAUUACUACAUUGCUAGAACUUGUUGAUGAAAAUCAAUGUGUUUUAGUUUUGAUGUCAUGCAACAAAGGGGCGCAAGAAUCAAAUAUGGUUUUACUGAGAAGACGAUUAAUUCACGAUAUUUUUGACAUGCAUAGAAAAUUUUGUGGUACUCUGGAUACAGUAGCAUUUGUUAUUGAUCCUGAAAAAUUACAAUACCCUAUCGAUAAACCAAAAACAAGAGUAGCGUACUUUGUUGAAAACUUUAUAAAAUUGGGGAAACAUGAUUUCAUCAACCCAACAGUCCAAACCAAAGGUGCACCAGCAUCAGAUGGGAAACAAGUCUGUGAUGUACUGCCCUAUGAAUCAGAUUAUGCAAAUCUUUCAAUAUUUGGUGGGUAUGAACCAAAUGACAAGGCAGGGGAUGGAGAAAAUUUUCAUUAUCGAAGAACAAGAACCCAUAAUGUAAAAGGUGAUAAAAAAGGAGAACUGGACACUGAAGAUUUGAAUUACAUUAUCUACACAUUGACACAAUAUGGACUUCCUGAACGUCAUUGGAAAAAACUUGGCUCUCAUUUGGGACUUGAUGAUUCUACACUUGAAGAAAUUAAUGAAGGAUAUGGAGCUUUACCAGAAUGCUUUAAAAAAUGUCUGCAUACUUGGCUAAAAACAAACAGCACAGAGCAACAAGACAAAUCAUGGGCAUCACUUGCCAAAGCUUUAGAUGACAUAGGACAAGGGGAAGUUGCUGAAAAGAUUAGAAACAAUCAGCUAUAA